GGACUAGUUUACCGUCAGUUUACCCCCAUCACCCCGGAAAUGUUGCAGCCCCCUCGGUCGCGCCAUGUGCCUGCCGAGGGGAGAGGGAGCAGCGGGGAGAGAAGCAGAGGGAGGGAGGGAGGGAGAGAGCGAGAGAGAGAUAGAGAGAGAGGCGGAGGAGGAGGAGGGCGAUGAGUCAAUACAACUAAUAAUUUAAUGGGGACACGCAGGGAGAGCCGGAGCGAGAGAGGGGGAGAGACCGAAAGGCGGAUAGCCGAGGCACAGGAGCUCCGAGCCCGAGUAGCGAGACACCUUCCUCCGCAUCCUCUUCCACCUCCAGACGGCAUUGGCGGCGAUAUAGCAGCGCGACCAGCCCCGCGGACGAGCACCCGGCUGGGGAGCGUCGUUUAUCCGCGACGUCGGGAAAGUGAACGGCACUUUUUGACCUCCCCUCGUCUUUUCUCUCCCGUUGUUUUGAAUGUGGCGAAGCCGCUCCGUAUCGCGUUCCGGCUCGGCGUUACCAACAGCUGAGAGGACGCUGGUUCCUUCUCGCCUUCUCGUUAGCUAGUUCCAAAGCACCCCGGCUUUGAAGCGCGGUGUCGCCGGUGCCUGUGUGGGUUGUGGUGGCUGCGGUGGCUACCAUGUUCCGUUCCGUACGCUGUCCGCUUCCCGGCGGCGGCUAGCGGGCAGGCUGGCAGCCUCUCCCCCCCUCAGCCUCCCACGGCCAUGUUUGUAUUUUUGGGCGAAGUAGUGGCAAACUGCUCACUUUGCACCCGCUUGUUGUUGUUUUUCUUCGGUUUGUUUGUCCGCAUCCAUGUCGCCGGACGGUGUAAGCUAACGUAGCGCAGACUCUCACCCAGCCCCAACACCGGUUGGUGGUCCCGCCUCUUGCCCGCCGGAGCCUCCGAACAGCCGGCUUGACUUCCACGCCCUCCCUCGCCCUCGCUGUCACUUACCUGCCCACAGGAAGUUUGCUUUAUUUAUUAUUGUUAUUCGUUUUUAAAACUUAUCAGUCUACCCUGGCCAAACUUGAAGAAAAGAGGAAUCCAAGUGGUUGGCAAGCUGCUUCUUUCCAGGUGACCGCAGCGAGUCGAGGGUUGCUGAGAUGAUGAUGGACCAUCUCAGCGAGACGUGUCUGGGCAAGGAGAACGCCGAGCUGGUCAACAGCAUGGCCGAGGCCAAGCCGCCGCCCGCCAAGCUGCCUCGCAUGGAGCAGAACGGCAGCCCCCUGGGGAGGGCCAGGCUGGGCAGCACCGGCGCCAAACUGUCCGGAUUGCCCUACAAGCCCGCCAAUCACCUCCUCAAGACCUACCACAAGCGUGGCAACAUGCUGCCCGUCUUCUGCGUGGUGGAGCACUACGAGAACCCCUUGGAUUUUGACAGCAAGGAGGAGCACGCCGAGUUCGUGCUGGUCCGCAAGGACAUGCUCUUCAACCAGCUCAUCGAGAUGGCGCUGCUCUCGCUAGGCUACUCGCACAGCUCAGCCGCCCAGGCCAAAGGUAUGAUUCAGGUGGGCAAGUGGAACCCCAUCCCCCUGUCAUACGUGACGGACGCGCCUGACGCCACGGUGGCCGACAUGCUGCAGGAUGUCUACCACGUGGUCACGCUCAAGAUCCAGCUGCACAGUUGUCCUAAGCUGGAGGACCUACCACCAGAGCAAUGGAGCCACUCUACAGUAAGAAACGCCCUCAAGGAGUUACUCAAAGACAUGAAUCAGAGCUCUCUGGCUAAAGAAUGCCCCUUAUCACAGAGUAUGAUUUCCUCCAUUGUCAACAGCACUUACUAUGCAAAUGUGUCAGCGGCAAAGUGUCAAGAAUUCGGGCGCUGGUAUAAACAUUUCAAGAAGACAAAGGAUAUGAUGGGCAUUCGCCAAUCUUCCCAGCUGGAGGGCUACCUGGGCACGUGCGUCCUUCGCGAGAGCCCCCGUGCUAAUGCGCUAGCUGAGAUGGACGGCCUGUCCGACUUGUCUCCGCCUGGCUCCAACCACAAUCACAACCACCUGGGCUUCUCCCAGCAGCAGCAGCAACAGCCCAUCCCGGGCAGCACGGCGGAGCAGACCCCCUCGUCCCCCGUGCCCCCGCUGUCCCACGCCCCGCCGCCACCCCCGCAGCACGGCGGGAGUCAAGCGGGCGGGCGGCAGAUGCCCCCCGGCCUGCACCACCCGGGCAUGGUGUCCACUCCCAUCAGCCCCCAGCUGGUCAACCAGCAGCUGGUGAUGGCGCAGAUCCUCAACCAGCAGUACGCCGUCAACCGUCUGUUGGCGCAGCAGUCGCUGUCGCAACAGUACCUUAACCACCCGCCCGUCAACCGCAGCUCGCACGCCAAGCCCCUGGAGCCCCAGGUGGGGUCCAACACCGAGGUGUCCUCCGAGAUCUACCAGUGGGUCCGAGACGAGCUCAAGCGGGCGGGCAUAUCGCAGGCCGUCUUUGCCCGAGUGGCCUUCAACAGAACUCAGGGCUUAUUGUCUGAGAUCCUGCGCAAAGAAGAGGACCCGAAAACAGCCUCGCAGUCGCUGCUGGUUAACCUGCGCGCCAUGCAAAACUUCCUGCAGCUGCCCGAGGCCGAGCGUGACCGGAUUUACCAGGAGGAGAGGGAGCGCAGCCUGACCGCCGCGUCCGCCAUGGGCGCCGCCCCGCUCAUCAGCACCCCCCCAAACCGGCCUGUUCAGCCACGAAGAGAAGACUGUAAUAGCGUGCGGCCCGAAGACUGGAACCCUCGCAUUCCCGUGGGCCUUUCUCCUCAGGUGAAGCCAUCCCCUCUGCCCAGCGAGUGGAACGGCAAAACGGAGAGCUGCAUCCUCAACAUCAACUCUAACAUCUACGACGAGAUCCAGGGAGAGAUGAAGAGGGCUAAAGUCUCUCAGGCGCUCUUUGCCAAAGUGGCCGCCUCCAAAAGCCAGGGUUGGCUGUGCGAGCUUCUGCGCUGGAAGGAGGAUCCGUCUCCAGAGAACCGGACGCUGUGGGAGAAUUUGUCCAUGAUCCGCCGCUUCCUCAGCCUGUCGCAGGUUGAGCGCGACGCCAUCUACGAGCAGGAGAGCAGCGCCGGGCAGCAACAUCACAACAACGCCGCUGACAGGCCGCCACACUUCUCACACAUCUCGGCAGACCAGCUGCAGCCUCAGCACCAAUCGGCCCUGUCCCUGCAGCACCCGUCCCAGCCGCUCCCGUCUCAGCAGCCCCCCUCGGGCCCCCGCCUGCCCCCUCGCCAGCCCUCCACCGCCUCCCCGGCCGAGACGGAGGACGACGUGGUGCGCAGCCUGGUCAAGUCGCGCGGCGGAAAGAUCUCCCUGGAGGCGCUUGGCAUCCUGCAGAGCUUCAUCCAGGACGUGGGCCCGUACCCGGACGAGGAGGCCGUCCACACGCUGUCCGCCCAGCUGGACCUCCCCAAACUCACCAUCAUCAAGUUCUUCCAGAACCAGCGCUUCUACAUCAGCCAGCCGGCCAAAGGGCCCAAGGAGAGCUCCCCCGCCAACAGGAGCGGCAGCUGCAGUAGCAGCAGCGGCGGCGGCGGCAGCAGCCCCGCCGCCUUGGACGAGGAGCCCUCGGAGCCCGGCGAGGCCCUCAAGGAGACGGAGGAGAGCACGCAGACCAACGCCUUUGUGGUCAAGACAGAGGAGCAGCUGGGUCGUGGAGGCCCUACCCCUGUUAUGGAGCAAGCUCAUGACUAAAAGUUACUGACUGGGCUGGACUCUUGAUUUUUGCAUUUUGUAAAAGUAUUGUAUUAUUAUAAUGAUGAUGAGUAGGACUCACUGUAAAGACUCUUCUGGCAUCAUUUUGAAACCUGCACAAAAAAAAUGUGGAAAUUGUCAGUACAUCUUUAGCCUGGUAGUGGAAGUGCCCGAGUCGUUUUGGAACGUAUUAUCUAAAUGAGAAAAAUCAACAAGAAUUGAAUCUUUUCAGAUUUUUUUUCUGAUUAAAUCAUUGCAAAUUACCAUAACACCAAUGACUGACAAUCUACAUAGACCCCCCCCCCACCCAAAAUAAAAAACAAAACUAUAUUCUUUUACAUUUUAUAUUUGUAAAUUCAAAAUGACUUGGGCAAUUACACCAUAAGGGGAAAGAUUUGCUAACUGCACUCAUCUUUUUGGACGUGUCCACACGUAGUCGAUUUCAGUUUAGUAUUUGGUCUGUCCACAUAAAUGCGAUUUGUAAGAUGAUACCCACCCCGCAAGAAAUAGAUGACUUUAAAAAGUAUUUGAAAAAAUGAUUUAGCAAAAAGUCUUGCCGGUUUCAAAAUAACAAAAUGUUUGCUCCCCUUACUCAAACGUACGUGUGGAUGCCUCCGCGCACUGACUUUCCUUUCCUUUCCUUCUGUCUUGGAGCUUCUAAUUCAGUCAGGCAAGACAAAUUGACACUGGUUUGACCCACUUCUUGAUUCCAAGGACGAUUUUGGUGUUUUACGUGUGUAAUGAUUUUUUUUUUUUUUUUACAAAAAUCAAGGACCAAGUUGUUUGACAAGGCCUUAAAAGAUGUGUCACGUAUUAAUAUUAUGAUGACGAUCAACAGGCCAACACUCCUGUGGGGCUUGCUGACGAUGGAACAGAAUCUAAGGAAAAGUUUCUCUCUACUGUCUGUGUAUAAAUGAAUAGAUGUGAUAUAUAUGAUCAAACUAUGCCAGCAAUGCCUUGUACCACACGGUUCCUUUUGCCACUGGAACACACGAGAAAUGUGAAUGACGCCAUCUUAUUUAUUUGCGGUGUUGAUAAUGUAAUUGAUGUUUUGUUUCUUUUCAACAUUUCUACCCCACCAUCUUUUUUCUAUUUAUACACGGACGGACGGACGGACAACAACAAAGUGUCUUAAAAGUUUUCCAUAGCAGAAAUGUGCUUUAAAGGUGGCCUAUAAUCCCAGAACGAUUUAGAAGAGGGGGGAAAAAGCGCAAGGGCGAGUGGCAUUGAUUUCAUGUUGUAUGCAAUUUUUACAAGGAUCAUGCAAAUAAGCUUAAUAAGCGUCUAGAGGGAGAGAAAAAAAACUUUAUGCAAUCUGUGUGGAAAUCAUGUGCGUCUUCCUUUUUGGUUAACGAGCUAAUUGUGGGGAACAAAUGAUUUUCCUUUGUUUUCGUUUGAUUCCGACUUUUCGAAGCCGAGCGGACGCGUUUGCUCCUCUCGAAAAAGAUGGCCAUCGGACUUUUGAUGUUUGUACAAGUGUACAUAGCACACACACGCACACACAUCCACACGCAUCAAUGUAAAUAGAGUGCAAAUGUGCUGAGCAGAGAAAAGUCUGUGGUGCCUCUCUUUCAAUCAGCUUCUUCUUCUGCAUCUUUUUCGUGCCGAGUGUGUGUCGAGCACUCGGGACGCACCGGCGGGGUGGUCAGCGUGCACUACACACGCUUGUCGCCUGUUUAGUAACCGCCGCGGUGUGCGUACAAGUUAAGUCGGUCCUUGCCGGCCAGCUAUUGAUGUUCUGCUGUUUUUUUUUUGUUUUUUUUUCAUGAAUAAAAGCCACAGUGAAAGCUU